CCGGGUCAGCUGGGUUCCGCGUCCAGCCUGCUCGGAGCAUCCCGGGCGGCGCACGGCCCGACCAUGUCCGCAGCCAUGAGGGAGAGGUUCGACCGCUUCCUGCACGAGAAGAACUGCAUGACCGACCUCCUGGCCAAGCUCGAGGCCAAGACCGGAGUGAACCGGAGCUUCAUCGCGCUCGGUGUCAUCGGACUGGUGGCCUUGUAUCUGGUGUUCGGCUAUGGAGCCUCUCUCCUCUGCAACCUGAUAGGCUUCGGAUACCCAGCCUACGUCUCAAUGAAAGCCAUCGAGAGCCCCAACAAAGAUGACGACACCCAGUGGCUGACAUACUGGGUGGUCUAUGGCGUGUUCAGUAUUGCAGAAUUCUUCUCUGACCUCUUCCUGUCCUGGUUCCCCUUCUACUACAUGCUGAAGUGUGGCUUCCUGCUGUGGUGCAUGGCCCCGAGCCCAUCUAACGGGGCAGAGCUGCUCUACAGACGCAUCAUCCGUCCCAUCUUCCUGAAGCACGAGUCCCAGGUAGACAGCGUGGUGAAGGACAUGAAAGACAAAGCCAAAGAGACCGCAGACACCAUCACGAAGGAAGUCAAGAAAGCGACGGUGAACUUACUGGGCGAGGAAAAGAAGAGCACCUGAGCCCCCGCCUGGACGCUGCCUCAGAGUCCGCGUUACGCUUAGGGACAGCGGCAUAGGCGUUGAGUAAUGUUGCCUUGGAAACUUUCUGAUGUAUUAAAAAUGGAAUGUGUUGUAAGCUGUUUUUGCUUUUAUCGUCAUAUGUGUAGGGAGCGUUUUCAUUUAAAUCUAACACAGUGGACAAAUGUCUAAAUUUUUAAAAAAUAUUUUGCUGAGUAGGAAAAGACACGUCGCUAUAUUCUAGGAAAUGCAAACCGAGAUAGGAAAUCUGUGUCCAUAAGCCCUCUGCUCUGUGGGGCUCACCCUGCAUGCCUUUUCUUGUGCUGACAAACUAGGAGCUCACUAGAUUCUGCUUUGUGUGGUGUGUGAUUUUAUACAGCUCCGUGUUUUCAGUGUAUCUGUGCAUACAAAUGUGUAUGUGUAUAUGUAUAUGUAUAUACAGGAGAUUGCUGUCAGGCUAGAACAAUGCAUAGUGCUUGAGAGGAAGAGACCAGGAGAGGGUUGGGUGUGCUGCCUGUAACCUGCUGACCCUGUAGGCGCUGUCCGGAUGGUGUGAGCUUCCAAGGAACAUUUGAGAAAACCAGUGCAGAGUUAUACGCAGACGAACACAGUAAGACACAAUGCAGAAAGGAAGUUAUGUUCUGAACACCAAUGCUGAACGCCAGGGCGGCCUGCCGAGCAGGCAGCCACACUAGUGAUGAACAGGAAAAUAAACACGCACACCAGUGGCCAGCCCCCCGUCCCCUUCAGGGACAGUAACGCCAUCUGUCUCACCUGCUCUAGACCCAUCUGGUUUUGAGAUGCCGAGAUGCCAGUCACCCCGGCUUCACCUUCAAACUGGGUAACGCGUUGCCUUAGCCUCUCCCCUCCCCAUGCCCUUUGAAGACCACUGAAGGUGCCUCUGGCUUCAGGUUUCUUCAUAGCGAUUCCGCAGUGAAAGUGGCUGCUCGUGGGAGAAGUUCUGAAUUGACUUCUGCCUGUCUGCCCUCCACAGAGAAAAUGACAGCAUGGCUUAGCGUGUUGAGAAUGGGUGGAGCCUGUGUCUGGCUGAAAGCAAAGCCUUUAUUUGCAUCCGAGUUACAGAAUUCCUACUAAACUUUCAGUGUUCCAAAGGGUUCUUGCAGCAAUUUUUCCCCCUAAUUCAGUCCUUUAGGUCAGCAUUAAUGCUGUUUUGGGAAAAGACUCCUCUAUCCUUACCUGCAGAAAAUGCUCAUAGCUUUAAGUGGCGCCUGUCCUCAAGAUGUGGUACACCAGAUAGAAAUUGUUGUGCUGCGGUCCCUUCCUGUGUGUUCCCAGACUCCCUUGGCUGCCUGAAAUGGGAGUACUGACCUCUGUUGGACUGUUUCCUGUGCGUAUACAUCUGUGACCACGUUUGUUGACUGAUCAACGUAAGAACCAGAAUAGAGAAGAAUUACGACAAUACAUUAUAAUAAAGAUUAUGUUUAUCUGGUCUCUCAAA